AUGGCUUCAGCUAGUUCCACCAAACCUGAGACCACAACAACGACUGAAAUCAGCACAAAGGAUGGAAACAUUUUCCCCCAACCGCCGAACACGACACGUGAACUUCUCGUCAAAUGGAAAAACAUGUCUUAUCGAAAAGUAGCUUGGGUUCCAAGCUACUGGGUCAGUCAAGUUGUAGCACCGGCGAAGAUGAAGUCUUUUUGGAAAAAGGUUCAGGGUCCAUCAGAGAUCUCAGAUGUAGUACAGCCAGAAUGGACACAAGUAGAAAAGGUUCUGGACGUAGUAUUUGACGCUGACUAUAAUGGUAGAGGCGAUAAUAUGGAUGCACUUGAUCAUAUUCAAAGUGUAUUUGUAAAAUGGAGGGGAUUGGAUUAUGAUCAAGCUACUUGGGAUGAACCAGAUGAACCAGAUAGUCCGCACUAUGCUACUUUCAAGCAAGCUUUCAAGGAAUGGGUUGCAGCUCAGAAGAUUGAUAUCCCUGCACGUGCGAAGAAGGGACGUUCAGGCCCUCAGCCUAGGCCAUCAAAUCAAGCACCAUUUGAAGAAUUGAAGGAGCAGCCUGCUUACAUCAGUGGUGGCACAUUGAAGGACUAUCAAAUGGAUGGACUCAACUGGUUGCGUUACAAUCACUGGAAAAAUGUUAAUAGUAUCCUGGCUGAUGAAAUGGGUUUGGGUAAAACCAUUCAAAUGGUGGCAUUUGUGACAACGCUAUUUCACGAACUUCGAGCGUUUCCAUGUUUGAUCGUAGUUCCCAAUUCGACAUUGACCAACUGGGUGCGAGAGUUUGCAAAAUGGUCGCCAGAUCUGCGUGUGGUUGCCUAUUAUGGCCCACAGACCUCUCGUACAGUUGUCCGUGAAUACGAGCUCUUUCACCGAGGAACGCACGAUCUCAAGUGCCAUGUGGUGGUCACCACAUAUGAGAUGAUUGUGAACCCCGUUGAUAGCAUAUGGUUUCGGAAGAACUCUUGGGAGUGUCUUGUGGUGGAUGAGGGACAGCGUCUAAAGAAUGAAAACAGCAUGCUGUUUAUCAAGCUCAAUGAACUAGUUGUUGAGAAUCGAGUUUUGUUGACAGGAACGCCUUUGCAGAACAAUAUCCGCGAGUUGUUCAGUUUGAUGAAUUUCUUGGACCCAGUCAAAUUCUCUGAUGUUACCGAGCUGGAGAAGAAAUAUGAAAACUUGGACAAAAACGCUGUAGAAGAACUGCAUGGUCUAUUGAAACCCUUCUUCCUGCGCCGUACCAAAGAUGAAGUCCUUAAAGAUCUUCCUCCAAAGAGUGAAGUUAUUGUGCCUGUGGGUAUGUCUGCCCUUCAAAAGGAGAUUUACAAAGGGAUCUUGGCGCGCAACCACAAAUUACUCCAGUCCAUCACUAAUCGAGGCGGAACAGCUAGCAAUCGCAAAGCAUCAUUGCACAACAUCCUGAUGGAGCUACGCAAGUGCUUAAAUCACCCAUAUCUGAUUGAAGGCGUUGAACCAAGAUAUCUCGAUACUGCGGAGCUGGUCCAUAAGAGUUUGAUUGAAGCGGGAGGCAAGCUGGAGCUUCUUCACAAUAUGCUGCCUAAAUUGAAGCAGAAUGGCCAUCGUGUCCUAAUUUUCUCAACUAUGACAAGGCUUUUAGACAUCUUGGAAGACUAUCUCAAUGGAGAACACUACAACUUUGUCAGAUUGGAUGGAGGGACAAGUAGCGCUGAUCGUCAGGCACGAAUUGAUAAAUUUAACGCUCCAGGAUCGGACGUGUUUGUCUUUUUGUUGUCUACUCGUGCAGGAGGUGUGGGGGUGAACCUGGCAACGGCCGAUACUAUCAUUAUAUACGACGUUGAUUUCAAUCCUAAGGCAGAUAUGCAAGCUCUCAGUCGCGCUCAUCGUAUUGGGCAAAAGAAUAAGGUUUUGGUCCUAAAGUUCAUGACCCGCAACUCUGCCGAAGAGCGAAUUGUGCAGAUCGGGAAGAAAAAAAUGAUCCUGGAUCAUUUAAUUGUGGAGCGAAUGGAAGACGACAAUUUAGACCCGGUUGAUGUAGAGAGUAUUCUCAAAUUUGGCGCUAAGGCGCUUUUUGAGGAGGAUUCUUCGACUAACGAGGAUGUCAAGUAUGAUGACGCUGCUCUUGAUGCAUUGCUUGACCGCAGUAAGAUUGAGCAUAGUCAUAAUGAGAACGACAAUGGCGAUACUAAGGUGAGCGGAUUCGGCUUUGCAAAAGUAUGG